AUGGAUGAUUGUGACUUAGAAGACUUAUCAAUGUCUGAGGGGAAAUUAAACCCUUCGUUCAGAUCUGAUAUAACGCAGUACGCAGCAACAGUGGAAAGCAGUGUCAAAACUUUAACAUUACAUCUACAAACCAGUGACGGAGGUGCUUCCUGUAAUAUCUUAUUCGGUGAUGGAUCAAGAACCAUUAAACUGGAAGACGGGUUAAAUAAAGUAGAGAUUGAGGUUGUGUCUGAAGACGGCUCAUCAAAGCUGUACAGCAUCGAGGUGAGUAAACUGUCCUCCAGAGCAACCCAGCUGAGCGAUCUGACCAUAGAGGGAGGACACGACCUUCACCCUGCCUUCUGUCCAGCUACCUACGACUACUCCUGCUCUGCUGGUUUUGACUGCUGCGAGGUGAGAGUCCGUCCUCAGACAGCAGACAGGAGCAUGCAGACCGCCGUCAACGACACAGCAUGCUCUGAAGACGUCACGCUAAACGCGGGAGAAACAGCCAUUGUUGUAAAGGUGACGUCGGCAGAUGGCGCCAACACUCAAGUUUACACUGUAAGUGUUACUAGAGAGCCGGUUCCUCUAUCCGUGGUGUUCUGUGACGUGAAAGACCAGAUGGAGUUUGAGUGUCCUGUGUCCUUAAGCGCUCUGUACAAACCUGUGUCCGUUCGUCAGAGCGAACCAAAGGCAAUAUUUUCAGCUCCAUAUAUUGACAUGCUGACGCGGAGGUCGAAGGUCGAUCCGUUUACUGAGCGUCCUUUGGGAGAGGGCUGGAAGGUUCUGGAGUCAGAGCUCGACCGGAGAAUGUCUCGCGCUCCUGUCAAGUGUUUCUUCUCAUAUCGUGGAUGCAGGAAGCAGAUGAGAUAUGCAGAGAUUGGAGCACAUGCAAAAGAGUGCCACUACAAACCGUGGUCAGAUCUGGAUUCUGCGCUCAGUCUGACAGGCUCAGAAAUUACAGAAACAGACUGGUGCAGAAGGUAUUUUGCAUCCUCGAGUAAAAUGAUGCCCGGUCACACACUUGAGAUUCGAUACUGGGAGGAAAGACUGCAGACGGCAUUUGGAGAACAUGAUGUAGCGAGUCUGGUUGCUCUUGCAGAGGAACACUUUAAACUCUACAAGAAAAGACUUCCCAAUCCAGGUGACGUUAUGCAGUUUGAUCCCGGAGAGUCACCUCUAGAUCAUCUGGAGCAGGCUGCCAUUCACUACGCCACUGCCAUUAAGACUAAACCCCACGACGCUAACCUGCACUUUCUCCUCGGGCAGACACUAGAGGAGCACUACUACGCAACAGAGAUGUACGGCCUGAAGAAGGAGGCUCAGGAAGAUGACCAGGAUCUGGGCCAGGCUGAGUCUGCCGGGAGGCAGGAAGAGAUCUUGGCCAUCUGCAGGCUUCAUGGCUUUCCUGGAACACCGACAGCUGAGAAGCAGCUCCGAGCGCUUGACAUGGAGCUACGAGACCUCAAGCAGCAGAGCCGCUCGGAGAAGGCCGAUUAUGUCCAGACGCUGUUCCUCUGGCUCUCAAAAAAAGCUGGAAAGGACGGCUGCGGUGUGGUGUCUGAGGAGAAGCCUUGGCUCAGUCGAGCCCUGCUGAAGUAUCUGGACGCCUGCUCUCUGAACGCAGACAGCUGGGAAUACAACCUUCACGCGGGCCGUUUGCAGCUGCAGCAGGGGAGGAGUGAAGAGGCGCUGAGGCUCCUUCAGACUGCUCUGGGCCUGCAGCCCCGUCAGACAGCUGUCAGGUUUUAUACAGGCUUGGCCCUGCUGCAGCUGGAAGAGACGGCCGUGGCCAGCGAGAGUGAGAUAGCGUUGCUCCUACAACAAGGCUUGGAACAUGUCAUGGCUCAGUUCUUUGUCUCACAUGAUCACAAAGAACGACAGCAGUGGGACACUGGAUAUGAUUGGCCAGUCAUGAAUGCUCAGUUUUUACGUGGUUGUCUCAGUUUGGCAGCUUUGCUCUCCAGGAUCUCAUCCUCUGACCAGAACAUGAGUCCAGAGCAAGUCUAUCACAUCGUCUCUGGGCUCGCAGCGCAGGGCGUCAGCAGGAGCGUGAAUCAGGGCCAGGUGUGUCAGCAGCUGGAGAGGGUGCUGCUGGAGGCUCAUUUUGCUCUCCUACAAGGCCUUGUUCAGCAACAAAGAGACAAAAAACAGCCCUGGAUACUGAAGAGAUGUCAGGCCCUCACCGCUUUGAUACGGCUCUCGUCUAUCGGCCACUGUAGAGAGCUUCUGGACAUGCAGGAGAAGGUCUGUCAGAUGGGAGUGCUGGCUUUGCCCCGCUGCAGUCGUGCUCUGUGUCUGCUGGGACUGGCACAGCUGGCUCAGAGCGACAGUCGUGCAGCAGAUGAAGAACGAGCUCGGGCGGCGCUUACAAACGCCUGCCUCAGUUUCCAGGCCAGCAUUGAUUUAGAAGGCUUCCAUCAGACCGGAGAAGCACCUGAGCAGCUGACCAAGCAGACAUGGUGGAAGAAUCAUGCAGAUGCAGAAAAGGACAAAAAUCCAGAGCCCAAGCCAGCGUUUGAGUCCUCCGAGGCCCCUGCGGACGGGAAGAAGCCAGCGAGAGGCAGAGGAGCUCCAGCCAGAGGCGUCCUUACAUCCACAGCGAAGACCUCCGCUCCUACACGGGUCAAGAAGACAGCUACAGCAGCCAAACACACGCCACAAGCUGCUCGAGGGAAGACAGGAGGACAUCUGGUCACCAAGAGUGACGGAGCGGGAAAGACUGCGGGCAAAUCAAGCAUUAAGGCUCCAAUUUCUCCUCGUAAAUCUGAGCAGGAACACGGCCCUGAAAAAGCAAUGACUUCAGCAGUGGAGGUUGGCAAGCAGGACAAGGACAGUACAGUCAUGGCGGCUCUGAACGAGAAGUCUUUUGUGCCAAGGAUAGGCUUAGCCAGGGCUCUGGCGCGGAGCACAGACUCACAGAAACAAGCAUGUCAUUUCUACCAGCAGGUCAUUGACAUGGCUCCGGAGGUGCAUGAUGCAUACAUCGAGCUGGCCGAUCUGCUGCUGAAGGAGGAUCCUCUGGCUGCUGUGGACGUUUACAGCAGAUUCCCAAUCAAGCCUGUCUGCGAACAAACCUUCGACGAUGCCUUCGUAACAGGAGAGAUCGUGCAUAUUCUGAUGAAACAUGAGUUGUACGAGCAUCCUCAGCUUCUGCCCAACCUGAUCGCACACGGAAAGGUCAUGGGACUCAGAUGUCUUGACAAAUAUAUUGAAGCACUCGAGGGGAAGUUCAUGACCGGCCUUCUGAGGAGAGUUUACGCUGGAGUUCAUGACAAAUCAGUGGAUGACGAGGAGCUGCAAGACUUCUUCAGAUUCAAGUGUUGGACGUGAUGUUUUUAGUUCGGAAAUGCCUUACUUAAAUCCACUCUGAAUAUUAAAAA